AUGCGAUGGGGCCACGAAAGUAAUCGACGGGGAGAUGGUGCAGCGGUGUUAAUGAGGAACAAGAAUGCGAUGGGGAUUCGACGUUGGUUAUUUCUUCUCGAUUGGGAGGCCUUGAAGAAAUCCAAUUGGGGAUCUUGUAAUCCAAGAAGAGAUAGGCAUCCCUCCGAUCUCGUCCCGGCGACGAGGUUCUGGCAUCCCUCCGAUCUCCUUCGUUUGUUGUCUGUAGCCACCGUCGGGCUUGGAGCUGAUGGUGAGGAUGAGGAAGAGGUAGGGGACGGUGGCGGCGACGGUCAAGAACUGAUUCUGAGUCGAUCUAUCUUCCUCGCCUCAACAAUAAUCGAAGCCGUGAGAUUCGGAUUGACUCUGCUCUCUACUGGGAAUUGCUUAGAGAGCUAUCUGAUGGAUCGAUCUAGAUUGAGGAUGGCGGCUUCGAAGUGGGCUGUGGUUGGAUUCUCUGUUGGGGAUUACUUCGUGAGCUAUCUGAUGAAUCGAUCGAGAUUGGGAAUGACGGCUUCGAAGCGGGCCAUAAUUGGAUUCUACGUGCUUCUCCAGUAA